AUGGCAAGGAAUUCCAUUAAAUGUGGAAAGUACUUCAGAAAUAGAACACAGCUCCUUCUGUACCAAAAAACACAUAGAGGUGAGAAACCUUUUCAAUGCUCAGAGUGCAGAAAGAGGUUCAGUGAAAGUGGCACUCUUCAGAGGCACCAAAGAAUGCACACAGGGGAGAAUCCAUUUGAAUGCUCAGAGUGUGGAAAGAGAUUCAGUCAUAGUGGCACUCUUCAAGUGCACCGAAGAACCCACACAGGGGAGAAUCCAUUCGAAUGCUCAGAGUGUGGAAAGAGAUUCAGCCAGAGUGGCCAUCUUCAAGAGCAUCAAAGAACCCACACAGGGGAGAAACCUUUUGAAUGCUCAGAGUGUGGAAAGAGGUUCAUUCGGAGUGGCCAUCUUCAACUGCAUCAAAGAACCCAUACAGGGGAGAAACCUUUUGAAUGCUUAGAGUGUGGAAAGAGGUUCAGUCGGAGUAACCAUCUUCAACAGCAUCAAAGAACCCACACAGGGGAGAAACCUUUUGAAUGCUCAGAGUGUGGAAAGAGGUUCAGUGAAAGUGGCAGUCUUCAGAAACACCGAAGAACCCACACAGGGGAGAAUCCAUUUGAAUGCUCAGAGUGUGGAAAGAGAUUCAGCCAGAGUGGCCAUCUUCAAGAGCAUCAAAGAACCCACACAGGGGAGAAACCUUUUGAAUGCUCAGAGUGUGGAAAGAGGUUCAUUCGGAGUGGCCAUCUUCAACUGCAUCAAAGAACCCAUACAGGGGAGAAACCUUUUGAAUGCUUAGAGUGUGGAAAGAGAUUUAGUCGGAGUGAUCAUCUUCAAAAGCAUCAAAGAACCCACACAGGGGAGAAACCUUUUGAAUGCUCAGAGUGUGGAAAGAGGUUCAGUGAAAGUGGCCAUCUUCAGACGCACCGAAGAACCCACACAGGGGAGAAACCUUUUGAAUGCUCAGUGUGUGGAAAAAGGUUCAGCGAAAAUGGCAAUCUUCAGAAGCACCGAAGAACCCACACAGCGGAGAAUCCAUUCAAAUGCUCAGAGUGUGGAAAGAGAUUCAGCCAGACUGGCCAUCUUCAAGAGCAUCAAAGAAUGCCCAGCACGCCCCCUCCCCCACCGCUGCUCCCCCGCCGCGCCGUCCUGCUGCGCAGAGUGACCCGCGAGUCGGCCCGCCCCGUCCGGGUGCACGAGAGGGCUUCGUCGCUGUCUCGGGCCGCCCGGCUGAAGACCCUCCUCCUCCUCCGUCUGCAGCACGGAAAGGGAGAGGACGAUCAAAGGAAUGAGGAGAGUGAGGGACUUCAUCAGGAAAGGCCAGAAAGAGUUAAAAAUGAAGACCUGAAAGAAAACGCCAGGAAUCGACAAAGACCUAAGAGAAAGAAAGGGGGGCAUAUGCCUUUUGAAUGCUCAGAGUGCGGAAGGAGAUUCAGUAUGAGUAGCAGUCUUCAAGUGCAUCAGAGAACCCACACAGGGGAGAAACCUUUUGAAUGCUCAGACUGUGGAGAGAGAUUCAGUCAGAGUGGCACUCUUCAACUGCACCAAAGAACCCACACAGGGGAGAAACCCUUUGAAUGCUCUGAGUGUGGAAAAAGAUUCAGUCACAGUGGCACUCUUCAACGGCAUAAAAGAAUCCACACCGGGGAGAAACCUUUUGAAUGCUCAGAGUGUAGAAAGAGAUUCAGCAGAAGUUGCACUCUUCAACAGCAUCAAAGAACCCACACAGGGGGAAAACCUUUUGAAUGUUCGGAGUGUGGAAAGAGAUUCAGUGAGAGAGGUAUUCUUCAGAAACACCAAAGAACCCACACAGGGGAGAAGCCUUUUGAAUGCUUAGAGUGUGGAAAGAGAUUCAGUCAGAAUGGCCAUCUUCAGUAUCAUCACAGAAUCCACACAGGGGAGAAACCCUUUGAGUGCUCAGAGUGUGGAAAGAGAUUCAGUGAGAGAGGUAUUCUUCAGAAACACCAAAGAACCCACACAGGGGGAAAACCUUUUGAAUGCUCAGAGUGUGGAAAGAAAUUCAGUAAGUGUGGCAGUCUUCAACAGCAUCAGAUAACUCACAAAGGGCGGAAACCCUUUUGUGCCUGCAGGAGAUAG